CUCUCUCUCUCUUCUGAUUCGGCGUCUUUUCCCCACAAAUGGCUUCUCGGAUCGCAUAAGCAUAAACAUAAACAUCAAUUCACUGGUCCCGCAAACAAGCCCUACUCUCCCGAAAAGUCCAAAAUCCCAAUCGGACCUUAACCGCCAUGGCCCGAAGAUCCGUACCCAUCCUCCGCCACCUUCUCACCAAACCAACCACCCCGACCCUCGCCCCCGCCAACCCGACACGAUCCGUCACCUACAUGCCCCGACCCGGCGACGGCACCCCCCGCGCCGUAACCCUAAUCCCCGGCGACGGUAUUGGCCCCUUGGUGACCAACGCCGUCGAGCAGGUAAUGGACGCGAUGCACGCUCCGGUGUACUUCGAGACCUUCGAGGUCCACGGCGACAUGCCGAAGGUUCCAGACGAGGUGAUCGAGUCGAUCAAGAAGAACAAGGUGUGCUUGAAGGGAGGGCUCGCGACGCCCAUGGGCGGCGGCGUGAGCUCGCUCAAUUUGCAGCUGAGGAGAGAGCUCGAUCUCUACGCUUCGCUCGUCAACUGCUUCAAUCUGCCGGGCCUCGUCACCAAGCAUGAGAACGUCGACAUUGUUGUUAUUAGGGAGAAUACGGAGGGCGAGUACUCGGGGCUCGAGCAUGAGGUUGUUCCUGGCGUCGUUGAAAGCCUUAAGUUCUGUUCAGAGCGCAUUGCUAAAUAUGCUUUUGAGUACGCUUACCUAAACAACAGAAAGAAGGUGACUGCUGUGCACAAAGCAAACAUUAUGAAGCUUGGAGAUGGCCUAUUCUUAGAGUCUUGUCGUGAGGUGGCCACAAAGUAUCCUGGGAUUGACUACAAGGAAAUAAUUGUGGACAACUGCUGCAUGCAACUUGUUUCGAAGCCUGAGCAAUUUGAUGUCAUGGUGACACCAAAUCUUUAUGGUAAUCUAGUUGCAAAUACAGCAGCUGGUAUUGCUGGAGGCACUGGUGUCAUGCCAGGAGGCAAUGUUGGGGCUGAUCAUGCUAUUUUCGAGCAAGGCGCUUCUGCAGGGAACGUGGGAAAUCAGAAAAUAUUGGAGAAAAAGAAAGCGAACCCAGUGGCCCUGCUUCUCUCAUCCGCCAUGAUGUUGAGACAUCUGCAGUUUCCUUCCUUUGCUGAUCGACUAGAAACUGCCGUGGCGCGAGUAAUAUUAGAGGGUAAAUGCAGGACAAAAGACCUCGGAGGACAAAGCACCACGCAAGAGGUUGUUGAUGGAGUCAUUGCUGCCUUAGAAUGACAGAGAAGAGAAGGUAUUCUUGAGCUACUACUGUUCAUCCCAUAGAAUUUUUGGAUUUGGCAAGGGGGGAGUGUUUAUCCGCCAGAAAUUUUCCAAAUUUUUUUAACGUAAUUCUUUGAUUGCCUCCAGAUAUUAUUCACAAAUUUUGUUUCAUAAUAAUUCUCAAAGAUGAACAACACUGAUCUGGUGUUUUUUUUGAUACAAAAUCCUGAUCAAGUUUAUGCUCA